GGGGAAGUCCGCGCUUUGCAAACUAUUCCAUUUUUCUUCGCAUCUUUCCCCACCCCCCUUCACAGUACUUAAAAAAAAAAAAAAAAAAGAAAAAAAAAAAAAAAACAAACCAACCAACCAACCCUAUAGCGAUCCUAAAAGGCAAAACCCGAGCGCGGAGUUACUGGAAGAAGAAACCGGGGUUAAAAAGAUUCCUCCUCUCUUCUUCAUCAUCAUCAACCGUCAUUCAUUCACUACCUUGACAUUCCCUGGCUUUGAUUGACAGCUGGAGUGGCAAAAAGCCAUGAGACACGACAGUUUGGUUACAUGUGGGUUGCUGACGGGCCGAUCGUAACCUUCAGUUUGGGGGCUUGACAAUUUUUUUUUUUUUUUUUUUUUUUUUGCGCGUAGAGAAAGAAAAAAGGAAAAAGAGAGAGAGAAAAAGGAAAGAGAGAAAGAGAGAGAAAAAAGAAGAAAACACAGAAACUCAUCGUGGUUCUUGACUGUUUUUUAUCUAUUCUUGUUGUUGUUAUUGUUGUUGUUAUUAUUAUUAUUUACCCAUAUUGGAGGAUAGGAGAAGUCUAUAAGUGGGUUGCAAAAAAAAAAAAAAAAAAAAAAAAGGAAAGGAAUCUUCUUCACUCUAAAUCACUUUCUUUGCUGGACUGGGAUAUUAAAUAUACGACACAUCCAGGAGUUUAUUGGAGCGCAGACUGAUGGCGCAAAGGUACGAUGAGCUGCCCCACUACGGCGGGAUGGACGGAGUAGGGGUGCCGGCGUCCAUGUACGGGGACCCCCACGCCCCUCGGCCGAUCCCCCCGGUGCACCACCUCAACCAUGGCCCGCCACUGCACGCCGGGCAGCACUACGGCGCACACGCCCCGCACCCCAAUGUCAUGCCGGCCAGCAUGGGCUCCGCUGUCAACGACGCCCUGAAGCGGGACAAGGAUGCGAUCUACGGGCACCCGUUGUUCCCCCUCUUAGCUCUGGUCUUUGAGAAGUGCGAGCUGGCGACCUGCACGCCCCGGGAGCCCGGCGUGGCCGGCGGGGACGUCUGCUCCUCCGACUCCUUCAACGAGGACAUCGCCGUCUUCGCCAAGCAGGUCCGCGCCGAAAAACCACUUUUUUCGUCAAAUCCAGAGUUGGACAAUUUGAUGAUCCAAGCAAUACAAGUACUAAGGUUUCACCUUUUGGAAUUAGAAAAGGUUCAUGAAUUGUGCGAUAACUUCUGCCAUCGGUACAUUAGUUGUUUGAAAGGAAAAAUGCCCAUAGACCUCGUUAUUGAUGAAAGGGAUGGCAGCUCCAAAUCAGACCACGAAGAACUCUCAGGAUCUUCCACAAAUUUAGCCGACCAUAAUCCUUCAUCUUGGAGAGACCACGAUGAUGCAACCUCAACGCACUCGGCAGGCACACCGGGGCCCUCCAGUGGGGGCCACGCUUCCCAGAGUGGAGACAACAGCAGUGAGCAAGGAGAUGGUUUAGACAACAGUGUAGCCUCACCUGGUACAGGGGAUGAUGAUGACCCAGACAAGGACAAAAAACGUCAGAAGAAAAGAGGCAUUUUCCCCAAAGUAGCAACAAAUAUCAUGAGAGCAUGGCUUUUCCAGCAUCUCACACACCCAUAUCCUUCAGAGGAGCAGAAGAAACAGUUAGCCCAAGACACAGGACUUACAAUUCUACAAGUAAACAACUGGUUUAUUAAUGCCAGAAGAAGAAUAGUACAGCCUAUGAUUGACCAGUCAAAUCGAGCAGGUUUUCUUCUUGAUCCUUCAGUGAGCCAAGGAGCAGCGUAUAGUCCAGAGGGUCAGCCGAUGGGAAGCUUUGUAUUGGAUGGUCAGCAGCACAUGGGAAUCCGGCCUGCAGGACCUAUGAGUGGAAUGGGCAUGAAUAUGGGCAUGGAUGGGCAAUGGCACUACAUGUAACCUUCAUCUUGUAAAGCAAUCGCAAAGCAAGGGGGAAGUUUGCAAGGCAUGCCAGGGGACUACGUAUCUCAGGGUGGUCCUAUGGGUAUGAGUAUGGCACAGCCAAGUUACACUCCUCCCCAGAUGACCCCACACCCUACUCAAUUAAGACAUGGACCCCCAAUCCAUUCAUAUUUGCCAAGUCACCCCCAUCACCCAGCCAUGAUGAUGCACGGAGGACCCCCUACCCACCCUGGAAUGACCAUGUCAGCACAGAGCCCCACAAUGUUAAAUUCUGUAGACCCCAGUGUUGGUGGACAGGUUAUGGACAUUCAUGCCCAAUAGUAUAAGGGAACUCAAGGGAAAAACAAAACAAAACAAAACAAAAAAAAAAAAAGAAAAAACAAAAACAAAACAAAAACAAAAACUAUUUUAAGACUUUUGAACUUUGACCAGAUGUUGACACUUAAUACGAAAUUCCAGACAGCUGUGAUUAUUUUUUACUUUUUGUCAUUUUUCAUCAACAACAGAGGACCAACGAAACAAGAACACAAAUGUGAAAUCAUGGGCUCACUGAAAUGUAUAUGUCCAUGUACAGAUCCUCUGGAAAAAAAAAAAGACUCCAAGAGUUAUAACUACUGUAGUAUAAACAUAGGAACUAAGUUAACUUGUACAUUUCUGUUGAUCACUCCGUUAUGUUGCCUCAAAUAGUUUUAGAAGAAAAAAAAUCCUUGUUUUCCACACUAUGUGUGUUGUUCCCAAAAGAAUGACUGUUUUGGUUCAGCAGUGAAGUCACUAUCCAUGAAAGACCUGUUUUGGCCAGUGAGAAAAGAACUACCCUGGAGAUGAAGAUGAAAAGUCUUGCUGGGUCUCUCAUCACUCAGAAGACUGUUCCAAGAAGGCCUUGCCAUUCCCUCGUUUUGUUCCUUCAUAAAAUGUGUCCUUUAGUUUCAAACAGAUCUUUAUAGUUUGUGCUUCAUUAAGUCUCUCCCCAUUCCUCCCCAAUCUAUUUUUUUUUUUUUUUUUUUUUUUUUUGGACUCUUCUUCAAAGAGCUUGCAGGUGAAGAUUUAAAAGACAGAACAGACAGAGCAGGAGCUUCUUCCAGUAGUUCUGAGCCUUGGCUUUGGACAAAACAAAACUAGUUGGGCAGCUUUCCUCAAUGAAAGAAGUUACUAACGGUCUUUGCACCAAACCUAGGACUUUAUCACGAACUCAAAGCUUGGGAAAAAAAAGCAAGAGAAUACUGUAACAAACUUCGUACAGAGUUCGGUCUAUUAAUUGUUUCAUGUUAGAUAUUCUAUGUGUUUACCUCAAUUGAAAAAAAAAAAAGAAUGUUUUUGCUAGUAUCAGAUCUGCUGUGGAAUUGGUAUUGUAUGUCCAUGAAUUCUUCCUUUCUCAGCACGUGUUCCUCACUAGAAGAAAAUGCUGUUACCUUUAAGCUUUGUCAAAAUUUACAUUAAAAUACUUGUAUGAGGACUGUGACGUUAUGUUUUAAAAAGAAAAAAAGGUGUUAAGUCACAAAAUGCGGUAAUAAAUAUUUCAUUUUUGAUUUUU